CGGGCAAAAACGUAACAGGGGGUAGCAAGUCGGGACGUUUCAAACUUUCCUUCCGGAGUUUCCUCUCUCCUCAGAUCACUCGCGGAAAAACCCUCUCUCUCUCUCUCCCCUUCAAAUACGCCACCGAUCUCACCAUUUUCAGCCUCCGAUCCCUUCUCCCACCACAAUCCCUUCUACCCACUUUCACUCUCUCUCCAAACCCGCGAUUUUUGCUUCUCUUUUCAGCUUUAUUCGAACUGUUCAUCUCCUGUUGUGGCCGCAACGUUUUCUGGGUCGGUUCUGAGGAUUUGGUUAGGUUUGUUCUGAGGUUGUCUUCUCGUAAUGGGUGGUUGGAGAGGGCAAAGGAAUGAGAAUUAUGAUCAGGGAGUUACCAGAACAAGAUCACAGAACAGAAGGCCGCCUCUUGGUAGUUGGCAGCCUACUGUGCCUUCAUGGGAAAAGCAAUUUUGUAUUGUGGUUGGUGCAGUUCCAUGGCGAAAGGUCAUAGAGACCAAGAAGCUUUUACAUCUAUAUGAUAAUGUGCUAAAAUGGAAUGACUCUGCUGGUGAAGAGGCAUUCCAUAAUGCGAAGACCCGUUAUUGGGAAGCAAUAAAUGGGCUUCCUUGUGACAUAUCAUUACCUGAUCCUGAUAUUUAUAUUGAUAAGAUAGACUGGAACUCUGAGAUUGAUCCUGAGCUCAUAUUGGACUUGGACCGUGAUUCUGUGGUACCUGAUGGCCAAGAAAAAGGUGAGCAGGUAGUGAUUCUUGGCGAUUCUCUCAUCCCAAACCAGCUGUUCUCUUCCACCGGCUGGGGAGAUGCAGAAUGGGAUUUAAAGCAGCCAACUAAUUUAUUGUUGGAAAAGAAAGGAAAUCCAUGGGAACCCAACUGUGCACAGGCUAAUGCAGCCCCUGGGGAAAACGGAUGGGGUGAAGUUUGCGAUGAUUCACAGUGCAGAAAUCUGAGUGAUGGAGCCAUGAAAAAUGGUGGAUGGACAGACAGUUGGAACAACUCCCAGGGCUGGAAUCAGUACGGCAACAAUUACGAUAGGUCUGAUAAUUUGAAAUAUGGGAGAGAUACCAGUGUUUGGCAACAGUGGGCUCCAAGUACCAGGAACGGGAGGAACACUGGCGUGUACAUGUCAAGAUACAAAACUUCGCGGUUUCCCCAUGAUGACCAUCUAACAAACCCGGGUUGGAGAAACGGCAGGGGAAGGAAAAGGGUAAAUUUUGCUCAUGAACCAGUCAUGUACCAGGAAUAGAUCGAUGGAGGCAAUGGAACUUGGCCAAGGAAAACGAGCAGUGGAGGUGCGAGACACACCACCGGUUGCUCGACUGUUUGUGAAGUAAAUAUAUGAGUUUUGGUUGACAUUCUAGUAUAUGAGAAUAAUACUGAAUGCAUCAGAAUGAGUGGUACAUAGUAGCCGUCUCAACAGCUUGUUUUGUGUUUGGUUGUGCUUAGAUUUUGUAGUUUCCUUAGGCAGAGUUGCCUCCUCUGAGAUUUUGAUAAGGUUUUGUAGUGUCCGAGGAGGAUGGAUGAUGUAUUUUGUCGGGUGAUAUGAUAUGUGUGUUUUUGUAUUGGGUUAGUGGCCCAAGUAGAUUGGCAAUAAUAAUAAUCUCUGUUCUUUCA